GGGGCUUGGGGCCACCUCCUCCUGAGCCAGGAGGAACCCUCUCCCAAUAGGUUUCAGCCUGACUUUUUCUUCCCCAUUUCUUUCUUCUUCCUCUUCCUAUUUUUUUUUUUUUAAACAUAUUUUUCCUGGCCUCGGACCUCAGACUGCUGCAGCCCGAGCCUUCCCCAGGCUCAGCUCUUCGGGGCUGCUCAUCCCUCCGGCUGCGAGAAAGGACGCGCGCCCUGCGUCGGGCGAAGAAAAGAAGAAAAACUUGUCGGAGGGGUUUCGCCAGCCCACAGUAACCCCCUUCUCGCAAACCCAAACCUCCCGCGAGGGCCAUCCCAAGGCUGGGGAAAGUUCCUUCCUAGCCGACAGCCCUCUUGGAUUUGGAGGAGGCAACCGCGCUGACUGUGGAAUUAGAUCUGUUUUGAACCCAGUGGAGCGCAUCACGGGAGCUCGGAAGUCACCGUCUGCGGGCACCCGGGUGGCGCUGCCUGUGCGGAACCGAGAGUUUGCGAGCCUCGGCUGCAAGUGGCCUGUCCUCCCCGCAGUUGUUCUGUGUCUGGGGUGAGGGCUGCGAGUGUUGUGGCAAGUUGAGAAGAGAGAACCGGAGGUCCGGAAAAGACUGCGCUCCCCCUCGUACUCCGGUCUUGCUCUUUCUGGCUCCCGGGUGUGAAAUCCCAGCGAAAUUUACAAAGGCCUCCUGGUCCAGCCGAGACCGGUCCGCAGCGUUUGGCCCCGUUGUCCCCAUUCCCACCCGGAGCCCCGGAACACAGGGCGCCAGGGAAGGACUGGCGGGGAGGGCGAGGGAGGUCGCGGCGGCGGCAUGGCGAGGUUCCCGAGGGCCGACCUGGCCGCUGCAGGAGUUGUGUUACUUUGCCACUUUUUAUUGGACCAGUUUCAGUUCGCUGAAGGAGAGCCUGGAAACGAAAUCAAUGAUUGGCAGUAUCAAGUUGCGCAGGCCUUCCCGCAAACAGAAGAGGAGGUGGAUGUGGACUCACAUGCAUUCAGCCAUCGGUGGAAAAGGAACUUGGAUUCUCUCAAGGCGGUAGACUCGAACCGAGCAAGCCUGGACCAAGACUCCCCAGAGCCCAGAGGCUUCACGGACCUGCUACUGGACGAUGGGCAGGACAAUGCCACCCAGAUUGAGGAGGACACAGACCACAAUUACUAUAUAUCUCGGAUAUAUGGUCCAUCUGAUUCUGCCAGCCGGGAUUUGUGGGUGAACAUAGACCAAAUGGAAAAGGACAAAGUGAAGAUUCAUGGAAUAUUGUCCAAUACUCAUCGGCAAGCUGCAAGAGUGAAUCUGUCCUUCGAUUUUCCAUUUUAUGGCCAUUACCUACGUGAAAUCACUGUGGCAACUGGGGGUUUCAUAUACACUGGAGAAGUUGUACAUCGAAUGCUAACAGCCACCCAGUACAUAGCACCUCUAAUGGCAAAUUUUGAUCCCAGUGUAUCCAGAAAUUCAACGGUCAGAUAUUUUGAUAAUGGCACAGCACUUGUUGUCCAGUGGGACCACGUACAUCUCCAGGAUAAUUACAACCUGGGAAGCUUCACAUUCCAGGCAACCCUCCUCAUAGAUGGACGCAUCAUCUUCGGAUACAAAGAAAUUCCGGUCUUGGUCACACAGAUAAGUUCGACCAAUCACCCAGUGAAAGUGGGGCUGUCUGAUGCAUUUGUCGUUGUCCACAGGAUCCAACAAAUUCCCAAUGUUCGAAGAAGAACAAUUUAUGAAUACCACCGAGUAGAGCUACAAAUGUCAAAAAUUACCAACAUUUCAGCUGUGGAAAUGACCCCAUUACCUACAUGUCUCCAGUUUAAUGAUUGUGGCUCCUGUGUAUCCUCUCAGAUUGGCUUCAACUGCAGUUGGUGUAGUAAACUUCAAAGAUGUUCCAGUGGAUUUGAUCGCCAUCGGCAGGACUGGGUGGACAGUGGAUGCCCUGAAGAGUCGAAGGAGAAAAUGUGUGAGAACACGGAGCCAGUGGAAAGUUCUUCUCAAACAACCACAACCAUACAAACAACAACGACACAAUUCAGGGUCUUAACGACCACCAGAAGAGCAGCGACAUCUCAGCUGCCCACCAGCCUACCCACAGAAGAUGAUACCAAGAUAGCAUUACAUCUAAAAGAUAAUGGAGCUUCUACAGAUGACAGUGCAGCCGAGAAGAAAGGGGGAACCCUUCAUGCUGGUCUCAUUGUUGGAAUUCUCAUCCUGGUCCUCAUUAUAGCAGCAGCCAUUCUUGUGACAGUCUAUAUGUAUCACCAUCCAACAUCAGCAGCCAGCAUCUUCUUUAUUGAGAGACGCCCAAGCAGAUGGCCUGCGAUGAAGUUUCGAAGAGGUUCUGGCCAUCCUGCCUAUGCUGAAGUUGAACCAGUGGGAGAGAAAGAAGGUUUUAUUGUAUCAGAGCAGUGCUAAAAUUUCUAGGACAGAACAGCACCAGUGCUGGCUUACAGGUGUUAAGACUAAAAUUUUGCCUAUACCUUUAAGACAAACAAACACACACACACACACACACACACACACACACACACACGCAAAGGAGCCCUAAGCUGCUGUAGCCUGAAGGAGACAAGAUUUCUGGACAAGCCCAGCCCAGGAAGGGUAUAAGAAAAACUAAAACUUAUACAAGAUACCAUUGACCACUGAACAUAGAAUUCCCUAGUGGAAUGACAUCACUAGUUCACUCAGAACAUCUCCUGUGGACUUAUCAGAAGUGUGACAAGAUUACAAUGCUAUUGGUUAAGGUGCAGGGUUGCGAAGGGAUCGAGAAAAAAAAUAAGAAAGCUUUAGUUCACGAGGGAUCUACACUUUGGUUCAAAUUUGCUUCUCUGAUGUCUCAAAGAUAACUGUGUUCCAAAGCCUGAAUGCUUUCAAUCAAAAGAGCAAUGAUGAAUGUUUCAAGAUGGCUGAGAAAAAUAGCUCAUGCAGGAGCAAAAGCAAACACAGAAUAAGAGAUUUUCUAUCUUUUCAACAGAUGUGCGGCAAAAGGAUUUUGUUUUUCUGGUCCAGCUCCACCUGUUCCAACAAGUUCAUUACUUUAUAGGACGAAUCUUUUAUCUGUACAGGAGGCUCACAGACUGUGCUUCCCUCUUCCUUAUUAAUCAAUGCCCUUUCUCUGAGCUGUGACAGAAUUUCCAAACUUUUAGCUAAAGAUUAGGAAAGAGGCAAUGGCAGAUGAGGUUUUCCGUUCUCCUGCCUAAGAAUGAAACAUCUGAUUUGUUUUACGAAGAGUUGCCUCCAUUUCCCAACUGUGAAGUCCUAUGAAGCCACAGUUGCUCUUGGCUGAAGGAAACAAAAGGAAACAAUACAAAGAGUUCCUUGAUGGUUUUUGAAGCAAAAAUGUUAAGGGAUUCUAAACAUAGGGUUUUUGUUUUUUUUUUUACUUUUUGCCAUUUCAGUACUAGAGGCCCAUUUUAUUGUCGAUUCCUAAGAAGCCAUUCAAGUCAGCAUAUCCCUGGCGAGAAAAAGAUUGAAAGAACCCUGCUGAAUCAUACAGUAAUUUUCUUUAAAGCACAUAGUAGUUACAUAAAUAUAUAUAUAAAUAUAUUUUUGUUUAUAACUAACACAAGGCAGGCUCUUGUGACUCUAAGAGUGCAUUUUGUCAUCAAGACAAGAAUGCAAGAUGCAUUACUGCAUACUUCCAUAGAGUUGUAAAAUAAUCCUUAAUAUUAGAAUAUUUUUAUGUCACUUAGCAAAAGUGGUUCAAUUAAUUGCAGUGCCGAUCAUUUUCCUGCCAAUUUGAGCCACUGUUUCAUUCCUAUCAACCCCUUCCCUCCCUGGCUAAAUAAAGCAGAUGCAAAAACUCCUUAGAUGGAUCUGUCAUUUGCCCUAUAAUCACAAUCCAAAUUUCCAAAUUUCCCCCUGAAUGAAGAAAAGAAAAGCAUCCCUUGAAGAGGAAAGUGGUUAAUUUAUAUACUGAGCUCCCCAAGUUUAAAUGCGGGUACUGUGAGUACAAUUUCAUCAACAACUUGACCCAUGAAACUUACAUCCUGUGCCAAGAAGCUGUUGGUUCUUGUAGGAUACAGUGUCCAACAUUUGCAGAUUCGGGUAUAAAGAAGCAGAGACAUCUCUUACGCAGCACUUUACUAACAGCUUAGCAUUUGUACACGGUGUCUACAUUGAAUGACAUCAGUCCACUAACCGAGUAUCAUAUUUAUCAUCACAAUUGUCUGAUGUAAACUAAUGCCAUUUUCCAUCAUAUGUAUUUUGCUUUACAUUUUUUAGUACCCGAUGAGGGUGGCAAUUUAACCUACUUAGUUAAUAAUUGCAAAAAAAAUUGACAAGCAAGGUGAUUGAAGAAUGUGAUGACAAUCUCUCUGCUGUAGUUACCUUCAGUUUAUAUGAAAUAUCCCAACUUAUUUCUCAUGGAGUAGGUUUGAUCAGAUAGCAAUAAGCAAAUGACUUGCCAAUGUAACUGGUGCAACUGGUAUUCUACAAAGACAUAAGGAGCACACAGACGAUUCCUUUUAGGAUAAGAUGAUGCUUCUUUCACUAGCUUUUGUGGCAGGUGUGGCUUCCAAUAGCAGUUGCUUGACAGUUGUAUAAAUCCUGCAUAUAUAUCCAACUCCUUACACAAUUCUUUGAAGUAGUAAUGUUAUCUUUAUACCCUUCCGUUUUCCAUUUUUGAUUCAAAAAUAUUGACAACUCUGUAGAAAAACAUAAAACUCUCUGAAUUCUUCAGUGAACGAAAGCACCAUGGAAGAGGGAAAACUUUUGGGAAGUAAAAAUGUUGCUGGCGUGUGGGAAAACCUCCUCACAGAACUAGGAGUUAAAAGUGGUGAGAAGUUUCUGUUGUAUGAGUCUUUUAGUGGUAAGGGGAAAGGGUGGCUGAAUCCCUUUUUUAAAGAAACUUUCAUUCUAUUUUAUACUUCUGGUUUGUUUUUGGUGCCCAUUUACUACAAAAGAAGAGCAAACACACAGUUUCUGGAAGUUCCGAAUGGACGCUGAUGCUUUGGAUUUUACAUGUGGUGUGUAUUAGAAAGGAAGCAUCUGUACGUUAAUUAAUAUACUAUGAACAUAGUAGAGACAGAAUAACAAAAAUUUUAAAAAUUAAGAACAGCAAAGGAACACAUACAAACUUCUGGAGAAAUCAGGUAAGUGGUGCUCCAGAGGAAGUUAGUUAUUUCAUCUUAAUUAUUUGUAAAAAUAAUAUUCAGUGAUUAGAUAAAGGUAUUAAAAGUCAAGAAAAAUAUCUUAAGCCAAUCAGAUAGCACUGACCAAAAUGUUGGGGUUUUUUAUGAAGGGUUUGGACUUCAAGAUAUACUAACAAAUAGAAAACUAAAGAUAAAUGAUAACAUACAAUUUACCCCCAAUUAUUAUUGUAGUUGGAGAUACCUAGGGCAUUGGCUAAUCUCUCACAUGAAGCUUCUGGAACUAUGCUGUCCAAUAUUAUAUCCACUAGCCAAAUGUGGUUAUUUAAAUUUAGUUAAUUAAAAUUAAAUAAAAAUUCAGUUCUUCAGUCACACUGGCCACAUUUCAAGUGCUCAAUAGCCACAUGUGGCGUAUGGCUACCAUAUUGGACAACACACAACAUUCCCAUCAUCACAGAGAAUUCCGUUACACAGUGCUGUAGAAGCAGUCUUUCCUUCUAAUUCCUUCUCCUUGAAGAAAAAGGAGGAGGAGGAAAAAGAGAAGAUUUGGUAGUUCUUGGGCAUAUUCUAAGCAUUUUUGAUCUCAGAGAGGCAGCAUGGAGUAAUGAAAGAAUACCAGCUGACCCAGCAUUGAGGCUUCACUAUUUUAUUUUGGGAAAAUCACUUUAACCUCCAGGAGUCUCAAUUUGCAAUUUGGGGAAAUAAAAAUAUUUUUGUCCUGUCUUCCUUGCAAGAUUAUUAUUAUGGAGACUGACUAAAUGUACAGAUGGACAGACUUUUAAAACUUUAUGUCCGUGUAACCCAUAUAAAGCACAUCUGUUGGUCCAGUACCAGCAUAAAUUUGCAUUCAGAGGGAGAAAAGUCCAUCAAUCCAGAAAGCAUUCAAAGACACUCAAAUCGAUACAUUUUUUGAGACAAUGUCAGAGGAGAAUACAUUCAAAAUACAUAGAAAAUUGAUUAAGUUCCUUUUUUCCAUCCUAAUAUUUUCUCUUAAUAUUUCCCCUAUACGACAUCUCUCUGAGCUGUCUCUCCUCUCCCACUCCAGCGUGCCCUGUGUGCAUGCUUCAGCUGGCUCAGUUCUUUCCGGUGGAGUCAUUUAGCCUCUCUGGCGUCUUCUAAUUUCCCAGUUUACUCUUCACAGCAAAGGGAAGCCCAGGCGCUGACCAGCAGUCUUCUCUUUAGAAGGAAAUACCUCAAGCACAAAUAAUUUCAAAUAUUUAUUUUAUCCCCGGUAACAUGAAUAUAAGGGGCUGUCACAUUAAACUGUAAAUAUGUGAAACAAUUUUAAAUGUAAAAAUUUGCAAAUGCAGACUAUAGAAAAAGAAAUUAAUUUCAAUUAUGCUAAUAUGCAGAUAAUAUAUAUUCUCAGGUUAGUAUAAUUUAUUAGUUUUUGGCAAAAAAUUCUUGUUUCCUCAUUCUGAAAGGACUAUAAAUUUGGUAACGCCCCUGGUGUCUAUUGUCCAUUUGGGAAAAAUUUUUGUUAGAAUCCAUGCCUUGGUUCAAGACGUUUCUAUUCCAUGAUAAGAAAUUAAUAUUUGAAUUCUUAAAAAUAGAUCCUGUGCUUAUGGGAUAUGAGGGUUCUCCCUCCUGUGAAAUGUUAUUUUGCUUUGUAUUUCUUCAGGCAUUUUUCAGAUGUUUUAUUAUGACUUGCCCUACUAAUUCCAAAAGAUUGCUCGCGCUUUUUCUUUCCUGCUGCACCCCACCACGCCCCACGGACGUCAGCAUCCACGCGCCAGAAUCAUGGGAGGCAUCUAAUCCAACCUUCUCAUUUCACAGAUCAGAAAACUGAGGCCAGAGAGAGACGGUAAUUGUCCCAGUAUCAGAACUAGGUCUUGUACUUAAAACUCCUGACUUGUUAUAUUUGUUCCGGUUCUCCUUGCCUAGACCCCUUCAUCAGCACUAAAGGCCAACCAGCAGCUUAGAAGCCACACUCCAUCUAAAGGCAAACUUUAUUUGCUGCCUUGACUGUCUGCUCUGUCCUAUAAUAUAGAACGUUGGACCACGCUUCCUCUAUCAUUUUGCUGUCGUAAGAACGGUGCCAUUUUUAUAACAACCAGUGAUUUCAAGUUCUAGCUAUUCCAGAGUUCUUCUUUGGUUUUGCACGUCCCUUCCCCCUGUGGCCAUCUAAAUUAGCAAUGCCAUUGAAAGUUGUUCUCCUUUUGUUUCAUUUCUUCCCAAAUGUACCUGAAAAGCAAUCAUCUUCAUAGCGUAUUUUCUUACAACAUAUAUAAUCACAAUUUUUAUUUGCUUUUUAAACUAUGUGAACAUUUUUGCCCUAAAAAAGAUUUUUUGAGCAAAUAUUAUGAGGUCUGUGGCGUCAUCUAUUAUAUACUCAUAUUACGUCGCGUUUGUGAAGCACUUUACGUUUUACAGAGCACUUUGAGGCAUCCCUUUGUUUGUUAGUUCAUUCAACCACUCAGUUCACUUAGAUAUUUGUUAAGCACCUACUGGAACCAAGUUCCUGUGUGAGUUCUGGUGGUUUAUAGUGAUAAUUACAAAUAGUGAGAGAUCAGGCAUGUCCACUGAUAACUGUAAUAUGGUGAAAUCCUCAAACACAACUUUGCAAGGAGGUAGGAUCGAUAUUACUCUAUUCAAAUUUCCAAUUCCGAUUUUCUUUUCUACUUAGACAGGAAAAUAUCAAGUAUCUGCCUGAAGAAUGUUUCUGAAAUAUGAUACAUCUGUGUUGUUUGCUCUGUUUCAAAUGAUCUGUUAAUUUUAUUUAUGAGAAGAAAAGUUACUCAUCCAAAGUUGUCGCAGACCCAGGAGGACUUUCCAGGUCACUUGAAUUCUUUCUGACCAGAUGUAAUAGUUCACUUUCUUGCACCAAUAUUUCUGUUGUGGCUUUUUGAAUUAACAAGAUCAUAAAGUAUUCCAGAAGUCCUAGUAUAUCAAAGGGACCUUUGCACUUUACGUGUAUGUGGUUGUUUGUCAUUUAUUAGACCGUCUCUAGUUUUCUCAGCCUCGGCACUAUUGACAUUUUGGGCCCCAUAAUUCUUUGUUGGGGUGGAGGGAGUGGUCCCAUGCGUUGUAGAAUGUUGGGCAACUUCCAGGCUUCUAUUGAGUAUAUGCCAGUAACUCACAUACACACAUUCCCCAGUUGUGACAACGAAAGAUGUCUUCAGACAUUGCCAAAUGUCCCCUGGGGUGGGAUUGGGAAAACUACUGGAUUAGCUAGUGAGCAAAAUGUAUCAGGAGAAAAAAACACACGUUUCUUUUUCUCUUGUCACUUAAUCUUCAUUAUAGACACAUUUCUAUUUACAAUAAGACUUGGAAUCAAACUCUUUGAAUGAGAAGAGACUGUGAAAGUCACUAGUUCGACCACCACCCAACAUCAUCCUUAUCUAUUUCUCCAUCUCUUGGUUUUACAAAUUUAUUGAGGGAAGAUCGGAAGAUUGGUUAUCUCUGGAAACUUGGGAAUUGACUUUUUCAUAGCCAGAGAUAAGGCUGCUCGGUAAUUAUGCUUUGCUGCUGUCAUAGCCACUGCAGUGGUUUUCGCUUCAGGAUGGGGACUUGGGGUCACCCAGCUUCAGUAUCUCAGACUUUGCUUUGAGGAGUUUUCUUUUGGUCAUUUCAUACAUCUGCAAAUCUUAUUCCUUCGUCUUUACCUUCAAAAUGUGCAGAGAAGUUGAGAUUGGUACUUCUAAUUUUAAGCAUAUCUGGAUGAACUUGCGAUUUCUGAUACUGAUUUUUUAUUAUCACUCUUUGGGAAAAAAAAAUUUGACUGUCCCAAGUAAUUGAAAAUUGGAAAUUUCAGAGUUGGAAUAUUUAAGUCUGUCAAGCCGAGUUCCUACUAAUUUGAUGUGCCUUAUGUCAGUUUUCUGUAGGGUCGGUGAUUUCCUAUGAUUAACACUGAAUCCGAUCAGUUUGUACUUGUGUCUAUUCUGCACCAAUUGGAAAACUUGGUGAAAUUAUACAAAGACAAGCCCUUAAGAAUAUUUGUAGAGGGCUGGCCCCAUGGCUUGGUGGUUAAGUGCGUGCGCUCAGCUGCUGGCGGCCCGGGUUCGGAUCCCGGGCGCGCACUGAGGCACCGCUUCUCCGGCCGUGCUGAGCCCGAGUCCCACAUACAGCAACUAGAAGGAUGUGCAGCUAUGACACACAACUAUCUACUGGGGCUGUGGGGGGAAAAAAUAAAUAAAUAAAAUCUUAAAAAAAAAAAAAGAAUAUUUGUAGAAAUGACAACAACCCCCCAACUGAAAAUAUCAAGCCUCCCUUUAUUCCUUUUCCUAGAAGACCAACCCAGAUUUGAAAGCAUUCGUAAUUAUUUACUACAAGUGGCUACUAUGGAUACACAGUUGAAAACCUUGAUUGUGAAGUCUAAGGCUAUGGAAUAUUGACAAGCACACUCUGAGCUCUCAUAAGACACUCAUGGAACUCAGAACACUCCAACCUAGGAGACCCUCAAGUGUAUAUAUAAUCUUCUACUCUUCCACUCUCAUAUCAGACAGUAUGAUGUUACUUAAUAUUUUGAUUAAGUAGAUCUUCUAAUUUCAACUUAAAUUGUAACAUAUCUGCCUAAUUAUUGCCUGACAUAACUUUUAAACCAUCCAGUGCCCACUGCUCUCACAAUGGUUAUUGCAAAGAAGUAAGAUGAUAAUCAUUCCAGUAAGAUCAUAUAAUUUCUUGAAUCAAUUCUCCAUAAAAAGUUUAUAGAAUGCAUCAUCAUUGGCUUCUCAAUAAUACAUUUAUUAUGAAUGACCAAAUUAUGUCUAGAGAAAUAAAAUGCUCAAAACUUGUUGUAAAUGAAUUUCCAGAUCACAGUUGACACUGAAAGAUUCUAUUACUUUAAAUCCAGAAUAAAAGGCUGGAAAAAAAUUAAUGCAAAUCAUACGCUGGUACUCAUAUUUUUCUAAUUUCUAACAUUAAUUAACAUUUGAGAAUGAGUAAAAAAAAAAAAUCCUCUCCUAAUGGAAUAAAGCAAAAAAUUUUAACUUGGCAGACAGUGAUAUAUUCAUUUUGAUUUCAGUUGAAAAAACUCAGUGAUUUCUCUCAUUCCCACUGGAGUGUUGAUUUUUAAAAACAGUCGCUCUUUUCCCUAGCGUUACAAAAAGUAUACAUUCAUGACUGACAUUAUCACUUACUGAUCAUGCAGCUAUAAAUCUUUUGUGCCUAUUGAAUAGAUACCUAGCAUGAAACUAAUUUUAGAAGUUUGCUAUGUGGGAAGGGGAAUAAACAUAGUGAGUGGAUGGGGAUGAUUCAUGGAAAAAAUAAAGAUCAAAAUACGCUCUCAAGCAGAGUUUUCAACUUCUUCAGAGCAGUGUGCAAAUAAAUAUUCAGUGAGGAUCAGCGGGAAUGUAGGUCAUUCAGACAUUCAGACACUGGGGCACAGAUCCUGCAAGUGGUGCUAGGAAAUAAGUGACAUAGAGAAAGUCAAGGAUGUCCCCAAUUAAUCUAAAACUCAGCCAUCAUCCCCCUGUACCUCUCCUAUGGCACCAAUCCCAAAAUCAUCAAGACCCUUGCUCUAGGGAAUUGAGUUACCUAUGGUCAAGUAAUGACCCAAAAAGAGACUUUCCAUUUAUCUCCCUCUGAUUUACAAGGCACUUUCUCUGGUUCCCUUAUACCAGAGACCAUGAGACAGCCAAUCACAUACAGGCAAUAAAAUACAAUAAAAAUAAAAAUAAUUUUCCUGACCAAAGGAUAAGAGAGGGCUCUUUCGACUGUAGACCCACAGCUGGAUCUCUGUGAAGUUUGACCAUCUCGGGACUCGAGUUCAAGUACUAUUGUCUAGACGUUGCAGUCAAGUCUAAGCAACCAUUUUAAAGGUGGUCUGAACAAAAAUAUACUCAGAUUGCCAUAUUUUUAGCAGGGAAAUAAAAACUCAAAUUAAGUGUCCUCCACCAGGCUACUCUGAAAAUACCAUUAAGUGAAAUCAGAGCUUUCCUUGCUAAGAAAUGUUAAAAUCAUUUUAGGGACAUGAAUUAAAUCUGGUUAGACACAGACAUUCUGUGUAUAUUAUAAGCAGAUCUUGGGGCCCUAGCUGAGAAGGUGAAGGUCUCUUCAUGGGUUGGUCAAAACAAAUCUCUCAUUUGCCGCAUUUGCGGCAUUUGGACAGUGCCUGGGAAGUACAUUAUUUUCAGGAGAAAAAAAGAAACAGCCUUUUUUGCAUGCCAGCUGGGAUCAUGGGAACUUCCAAUGCCAGGAAUUUACUACUGUUUCUGGUAAUUCUGCUUGUAGUCAUUUGAAAUGUUCAAGUGUGAAAAGAGAAGUUGGGCACCCGGGGGGCUGUCUGUGUUUUAUACCAGUUGCACCAGCACACAGAAUAUUUGUAAAUGCAUUUUGAAGUUGGUAUAAUUGUACCCUUUGUCCAAAUCACAAAGCUCACUGUGGUGCUGCUGAACGAGAACACUGGGGAGAGUCUGAUCCUCUAAACCCAGUCACCCCCAAGCAAAAGGAAAGACUGUGGGUGAGCACAGCACAUUGCCAGUUCUUUUCUCAGUUUUCCCAAGCCCUGCACGUCACAUCAAGGACAGGUCUUUCAGGUGAAGGUUAAUUUCGCAGAGGUUUUCCAAAACUUCAUUUAACACUGGGCUUGGUAAACAGAUCGUUUUGAAUUUACUCCAGUCCUCCAGGCAUCAUUCCUGUUUCCUCUGCCAUGUCAAUGAGACAUUCCGAGGCUAUAUUCUUUCAUGUUAGAAUAACAUACACAUACUUCAUGAUGACCUCAUGCUUGAUGUACCUGAACCUGCAAAUGUAAAAAUGAUUGUAUGUGAAUUUGCACUAACGGUGUCUGAUAGCAGAAGAGGCGUGACCUUUACUGAAAUCCGCUGUUGAAAUUCAGUCAUUCAGAUGCUACGUACUUCUGUAAGCUUCUUGAUUAUUUUCACUGUAAGAUUAAUUAUCUAAGUUUGAAUGUAUUUCCUUACAGUCCAUUAAUUUGCCAUCUAUCUUUUACCUGGGAAUCAUGAUGAUUGCAAUAAUUCAUUAAAGUUUUCUUCACACAGCUUCUUAAACCAAGUUUUUCUGCAAUUCUUCUGGUUCUCCUUACAGUAUGUGGGAAAUCUUUUUUUUUUCCUCGUAAUAAUUUUGUAAGAAAGCCAGUGUAUCGACUGCUCUGGUGACACAAUUUAUCUUGAAAGGUCUGGAAGCUGGUGGUGACCAAAUGUUGCCUGUGUUCUCUCUGUUGAUUGCUCUUUUUGGAAUUAAAUCACGUUUUUUCACUUUCAGUUGGAGUCAACAAAUUUGGGAUUUUACAAAGGGGAGAAGGGAGCAAUUUGUGUAAUACUGCUGUCAUAUUUGACUACAUAUUAAAAACAAUAAAUGAUCAUUUUGUUUUAAUUUCUUAAA